GGAUCCUGUGAUUUGAGAGGGGAGGGAGGAGGGACCAAGGGGAUUGCUACAAAUGUCCUUAAUUCUUCUUCCACCCCCUUCCCUCCCUCCUCCUUCCCUCCCUGGCCGCGCGCAUGGAAUCUGUUGCAAAUGUAAGGCUGGCAGAAAACGCGGCUGAGUAGAGAAGAAAGUCUUUCUGCUGCUUUAGCGAGCGAGCGAGAGAGUGCAACGCUCUCCUCGGCGGCGGCGGCGGCUCUCGCGAGGUGAAGAGGCCGCCUCCCGGCUGGAGCCGCCGGGCGCGCGUGUGGGCGCGUACGAAGCGAAGCCCUUCGCCGGGGCUGGGCUUUUCUCUGCGGGAGUAAGGAAUGCCGCCACCGCCACUACGACGUCCUCCUCCGCCUCCACCCACGCUUUCCGCUUGCACCUCAAGCCAGGAGGCGGCUGCGUGAGGCAGGAGGGGAAAGCGGGAAGGAGGAAGGAGGAAAGGCGAGCCUGACGAGCGCAGACGCGGCGGCGGCGGCGGCGGCGAAGAAGGGGAUUAGCGCCGCGGUCUCUGCCUCGGGGAGACUAUUCCGCCCUUGGAGCUCUCUCGCCCCCUUCCCCCUGCAGCCGAAAUGGAGAGGCGUCAUGUAGCAAUAAUCUUCUAAGUAACCCUCCGGUUUGGGGUCUUUUUUUUUAAAACCUACCGAUUUUUUUAAGGGUAGAAAGGAGGGAGAGAGAGACACCAGCAGCCGCAGCCAGCUCGUUGCCCCUCCCUCUCCUGUUUUCCCUACCCCAAAAUAAUUGCGUUUUGGGCAGUUCUUUCGCGGCGAGCAGGCGCGAGUUGUCCCCGGCAACCAGCGCGCGCACACGCGCACACACCUCGCGGUGGAGAGACGACGGGGGGCAACGAUGACUGAAGAGAGCUCCGACGUUCCCAAAGAGUUGCUAGAAAGUGUCAAGGAUGUGAUUGGGAGGAAGAUAAAAAUUUCAGUGAAGAAGAAAGUUAAGCUAGAAGUCAAGAGCGACAAAGUGGAUAACAAAAUAUUGGUGCUAACAUCAUGUCGGGCCUUUCUGUUAACUUCUCGUAUUCCUACCAAGCUAGAACUAACUUUCAGCUACUUGGAAAUCCAAGGAAUCACCUGCAAUAAACCAGGCCAGCUGAUUGUAGAAACUGAAAAAUGCAACAUUUCUAUGAAGUUGACUUCAUCUGAAGAUGUGCAUGAAGUUUUGGCACAUGUUGGAACAUGCCUUAGGAGGAUAUUUCCUGGUCUGUCUCCUGUAAGGAUAAUGAAAAAAGUAAUUAUGGAGCCGCCAGAAAGACUGGCUAAUCUCCAGACAUUGUGGGACAGCCAAACCGUGGCAGAGUUAGGACCAUGUGGAGGUUUUUCUCAAAUGUAUGCGUGUGUUUGUGACUGGCUUGGUUUUCCGUAUAGGGAAGAAGUUCAGUGGGAUGUUGAUACAAUUUAUCUGACUCAAGAUACCAGGGAGCUGAAUUUACAAGAUUUUAGUCAUCUCGACCACAGGGAUUUAAUACCAAUAGUUGCUGCCCUGGAAUACAACCAGUGGUUUACAAAGCUUUCCUCCAAGGAUCUAAAGUUAUCUGCUGAUGUUUGUGAGCAGAUCCUAAGAGUGGUGAGCAGAUCUAACAGACUGGAAGAGCUAGUACUGGAGAAUGCAGGUCUUAGAACAGAUUUUGCACAGAAACUGGCCAAUGCCCUAUCCCAUAAUCCCAACUCAGGACUUCAUACAAUUAACCUUGCUGGCAACCCCCUGGAGGACAGAGGUGUGUCCUCACUAAGUAUUCAGUUUGCCAAACUACCAAAGGGGCUGACACAAUUAAAUCUAUCAAAAACCUCAUUAUCGCCUAAAGGGGUAAACAGCCUUUCUCAAUCACUGAGUGCCAACCAGCUCUUAGCUACCACGCUGACCCACCUUGAUCUCUCAGGGAACGUUCUUCGGGGUGAUGAUCUUUCAUUCCUGUAUAAUUUUUUGGCCCAGCCAAACGCGAUUGUUCAUCUGGAUUUAUCCAACACAGAGUGUGCAUUAGACAUGAUGUGUGGAGCACUUCUCCAUGGCUGCCUUCAGCAUCUUGCCAUCCUCAACUUAUCCAGAACAGUUUUUUCUCACAGAAAGGGCAAGGAAGUACCCCCAUCCUUCAAGCAAUUUUUCAGCAGUUCCCUUGCUUUGGUGCAAAUCAACCUUUCAGGGACUAAACUUCCUCCUGAGCCGCUAAAAGCACUCUUACUGGGUCUCGCUUGUAACCAAAAUGUGAAGGAGGUGUUUUUAGAUCUGAGCAGCUGUGAGCUUGGUCACUGUCUAAGAUCAGGAGGUGCCCAGGUUUUAGAAGGAUGCAUAGCAGAAAUACAUAAUAUCGCCAGCCUUGAUAUUUCAGACAAUGGCCUGGAAUCUGACCUUUCAACCCUUAUAGUCUGGCUUAGUAAAAACCGAUCAAUAAGGCAUUUGGCAUUAGGAAAAAACUUUAACAACAUGAAAUCCAAAAAUCUGUCCCCUGUACUUGAUAAUUUAGUACAAAUGAUUCAAGAUGAAGAUUCGCCCUUGCAGUCGCUGUCUCUAGCAGAUUCCAAGCUGAAGACGGAGGUUACUAUUAUCAUCAAUGCUUUGGGCAGCAAUACAUCUCUUACAAAAGUGGAUAUUAGUGGAAACGGCAUGGGAGACAUGGGAGCAAAAAUGCUAGCAAAGGCUCUUCAAAUAAACACCAAACUCAGAACUGUUAUAUGGGACAAGAAUAAUAUCUCUGCCCAGGGUUUCCAAGAUAUAGCAGUGGCUCUAGAAAAAAAUUAUACAUUAAGAUUCAUGCCUAUACCUGUGAAUGAUGCUUCUCAAGCACUUAAAACAAGCCCUGAAAAAACCGAAGAGGCACUUCAAAAGAUAGAAAAUUAUUUGCUUCGCAAUCAUGAGACCCGAAAAUAUCUACAGGAACAAGCAUACAGACUGCAGCAGGGCAUAGUUACUAGCACAACACAGCAGAUGAUUGACAGAAUAUGUGUCAAAGUGCAAGACCAUAUCAACUCUUUAAGAAACUGUGGUGUUGAUACAAUACAGGAAGAUCUGAAAUCGGCAGAAAGACUUAUGAAAGAUGCGAAGAACUCCAAAACUUUGCUGCCCAAUCUGUAUCAUCUUGGUGGACCUUCAUGGGCAGGAGCAAAUGGUUCCUUAUCCAACCCAAUCCAGGAGACACUAGAAUCGAUGGCUGGGGAGGUUACCAGAGUCGUCGAUGAUCAACUCAAGACACUGCUUGAGUCUAUGGUUGAUGCAGCAGAAAAUCUCUGUCCAAGUGCAAUGAAGAAAGCGCACAUAAGGCAAGAUCUGAUUGAGUCAGGCACUGAAAAGAUUUCCAUUCCACGGACAUUUGUUAAAAACGUUCUCUUGGAGCAGUCUGGCAUUGACAUUCGUAAUAAAAUUAGUGAAGUGAAGUUGACAGUGGCCUCAUUUCUCUCAGACCGAAUCGUAGAUGAGAUCCUUGACGCACUGUCACAUUGCCAUCAUAAACUGGCUGAUCAUUUGACCCGGCGAGGCAAGCCCCUUCCAAGUCAGGAAUCGUUAGAUAUUGAACUAGCAGAGGAAAAACCUGCGAAACGUUCCAUCAUCACAGUUGAGGAGCUAACUGAAAUCGAACGUUUGGAAGACCUAGAUACGUGCAUGAUGACUCCUAAGUCUAAAAGGAAGAGUAUCCACAGUAGAAUGCUGAGGCCUGUAUCCAGAGCUUUUGAGAUGGAGUUUGACUUGGACAAAGCAUUGGAAGAAGUUCCCAUCCACAUAGAAGACCCCCCAUUCCUUUCCGGAAGAGUGGACAAACGGACUUCUGGGCUUAUGUCAGAGCUGCCUUCCGAGGAAGGGAAAAAACUGGAGCACUUUACAAAACUAAGGCCCAAGAGGAAUAAAAAACAACAGCCCACACAAGCUGCUGUGAGUACGACAGCACCUCAAGAUGGCGAACAGAAUGGUCUUAUGGGAAGAGUGGAUGAAGGCGUUGACGAAUUUUUCACAAAGAAGGUGACAAAAAUGGAUUCAAAGAGAUCCUCAACAAAAGGCGCGGACACAAAUGAUUCCGGAGAAGCCACUGAUGAAAAGAAGAAAAGAGAUUCUCGGAAAAGCGGCUUUCUCAAUUUAAUCAAAUCUAGAUCAAAAUCUGAACGUCCUCCAACUGUUCUGGUGUCAGAGGACCCCUCAGCACCCAAAGGUGCUGCCAAAGGCCCCACAGCAGACACUGCAAAGAAGGAGGUUAAAUCAGCUGAACAGAAUGGCAACACUGAAAAAAACGAGGAACUGAAAACGCCAGACUCAGUAGAGGAGGGGUCCUCAGAGGAUGCCUCAAAGCUUGAGAAGAGUGACAGCAAAGGCAGUCCUCAAGGAGGACGUCGGUAUGGGGUGCAAGUGAUGGGCAGUGGACUUUUAGCAGAAAUGAAAGCCAAGCAGGAGCGCAGAGCGGCAUCUGCACAAAAGAAACUAGGGAAUGAUUCAAGAGACUCAACAGAUCUCUCGGUGAAUUCAGAACGGCUGGAUGGAGGUGCUACAGUUACCAAGCUCCACCAGUCUUCUCCAGAGAACCGGUUUGCCCUGAGUAAAGCUGACUCUAUUGUAACCUCAUCAGAGAAAAUCACAAAGGCUGAACCAAAGACAGAAGUUGGGGCGAGGACACGAAGUUCUUCUAGCACACCUACCAGCCCAAAGCCUCCACUCCAAGCAGUAAAGCCCAGCCUAGCAGGACGGCCAACAGUUCCUCAGAAGCCACGAUCUGCCUCUCGGACUGAGGAUAUCCCAGAGUCUCCAUCUGGUCCAGGUUCCCCUAAAACUGCUCUUCUUCCCCCCAUUCUGAAGAGGGUUCCUUCUGAUAAAGAAAAAGAUGGACAGAGCAGCCCCAAACCAGCUGUAAGAUCUCUUUCACACGAAGGUCCAAAGAGAAGCCCAGGACACCAGGAGCAGAAACAGAGGUCUUUAAGUAAAGAUGGUCAGCAGGGAAGCAAGUCCAGUGACUCUGGUGAAGAAGCUGAUAAAGAUUUUAUUUUUGUUUAGUUGGUUGGUUGUGUGUUUGGCAGUGCUCUUUUGUAACAAUAAGGGUACCGCUUAUCCCUCUUUUUGAUCAGUUACUCUCCUUUUAUAGAGGAGCAUUUGGAAAUGGGGGGGGGGAGUGUCUGUGAUUGCACUGGUAACUGAACUUCAUGACUCUGAUCCUUUGUUUUUUCCUGAUCUGUACGAUUCCAGACAUUCCCUUUCACGCCUUUGCAAAAGCCAGCAACUUUUUCAUGUCUUCUACUUGAAUUUCUCUGAAGCAGCUAUAAAAAUAAUGCCUUGCUUUGCGGGGCUUUGCGGGAGGAAACCCCAAGCAAAGGAACUGGACAAUUUCUUACACUAACCCACACUGUACAGCAUGAGAGGUGUUGUACUGCUGAAUGUAAAUGUGUCAAACUUGCACGCAACUUACUUUAUAAAUAUAUUCUUGCUGAAUGCAAUUGCACAUUGUAAUUAUAUCAACAGAGCACACUAAUAAAAUAAUUUGUAUAAAUAAUAUAUAUUAGAUGCUUGGAUAUGAUUUUUACAUUCUCCUUUGGGAGACCUUUUUUCUCGUUUGUUGUACUGUAUAUAAGAACACAAUAUCCUACAUUUUGUGUACUGUUCUAAAGCACAAAACAACAACCCAGAAUUACUAAUAACUUGAUAUGCUUCCAUAUCCAUAAGUAAAUGUUUGUUGUUGAUUGGAAUGCGGGCAAUGGACAUUUUAUUACUGUUGGUAUUUUCUAGAGGGCACCUUGGGGGUCAGUCUGCAUUCGCUCUAGCUUCUAACGUACUUUUGAAAGAAAAGUAGAUUCUUGUCUGUAAAAGCAAUCUUUCAUUUUUUUUUCUUUGCAUAUUUCACAGGCAUCUGCUUAUAAUACACGCUGAAGGGAGUUUAUUCAUAAUGUAUAUUUGUACCAAUAAAAAUGAUUUUACAACUGGAA